AUCUCGACUUCACCACAUCUGCUCAGCCCUGCCGCCACCCCACUGCAAUAGUUGCAAACGCUCUGACACUGCAAUUCCGUUCUACCCUCCUUUUCAAACUCUGCCAUCAUGCUCCUCGACGAAGACCCCGCCACGCUCAUCGCCUCGUGCGCCGCGAACUUCAACAUUGGACCUGACCGAUCGUCUCUUCACCGUAUCAAUGACUCUCUGAGCACACUGCAUGCCUGUCGCCAGGCCCAACUCGACGGCCUCCAAUCCACACUGCAGAAGCUGUCGCGACAACAACAAACACUGUCCUCGACGCACUCCCUGACCCUCAGCUCCCACAACCCCACCAAUCACGCAUCAGAAAUCCUGCGACUAGACACGGAGAAGUUCAAGGUGGCAAAACAGGCAUCUGAUCUCGAGAUUGAAGGCGAGCGAAUGGCCGCAGAGCUGGCUAGACUUGAGGAAACGCUUGGGGAUCUGGAUGAUGCGGGUAUCGAAGAAGGUGCAGAGGCUGCACGAGGGUCAUCGGAAGAUGAGACGCAAAAACUGCUCAAGUUGAAGCUCUACCGCAUGCUCAACAUCGACAUCGAGGCAGAACCUGCGACGGGAAUCUUCAACAAGGUCAUCAUACGGCAGAACUCCAAGGGAGACUCGCAUAUCAUCGACAUCGACCCGAAGUUCUCGCGGAAUUUCUACUCGAACUACCUAUGGGGAAGGCUGUAAGGGGCUAUGCACAUUGGUGGAGACGUGAUGCGAUUGGAGGGCUAACGGUGUUAUUAUUGGGAAUGUCUGGCUUCCCGCAUGGUUCGCAGGACGCAUGCAGAGUGGCUUGGGUGUUUCGAUGCGGAGUUAGGAUGGGGAGGUUGAGAUUGGACGAAUGGUACCUGGCGUUCUGGGGCUUUUGAUUGAGCACCAAGGAUGCCCAUAACUAUAUUUGUUACAACGAAGUAUCUGGACCAACGUCUGCGCACAACUGCUCGCCAUUACCAUGGUUGUCUAGCAUAUUAUGAGAAGCCCUAGCAUACUAGGCUGCUCGAAACCACAAAUAUGCAGGCUCGAAUUUUCUCGUCACUAGAUUAGACCACCCUUUGACAGUGCCUUGCCAUAGAUAUCCGUACACUUUCCUUCCACUGUUGGUGGAACUCCAACAG